GCCCGCCGCGGGGCAUUGUGGGACGGGAGCUCCAAAAUGGAGAACGCCAGGGAUGCGCCAGGGAAGGCGAGCCGCUGGUUUGGGGUCUCGCAGUCUAAAUCGGCCAAGACGAGUGUGAAUAUCCUGCAGCAGGAGGAGCUGAUAGCCCAGAAAAAACGGGAGAUCGAGGCCCGGCUGGAGCAGCAAGCCAAGCAGAAUUCCUUGAGCAUCCAGCAGCUGCCUCUGUUGGGAGAAGAUGAUGGAGGUGACAAUGAAGCCUGUGUUUCCAACAAGUUUGUUAAUGAUGGCAGUUUCCUCCAGCAGUUUCUCAAGCUGCAGAAGGAAAAAUCAAGUGCUGAACCUCCCCCAGGUUCUGCCAGUAACUCCGCAAACACCUCCCCUGCUGGGAAGAAGCCUCUGCUGUUCGGGAAGCGCCCUGGGCAGGUCCUCAGCAUGCUGCACCAAGCCAAGAACUACUCCCACUCCAAACAGAGCCCAGUCCUCACCCGGCUCAGUGUCUUCCAGUCCCCAGAUGAAGAGGAAGAGGAAGAUUAUGAGCAGUGGUUGGAAAUUAAAGUUUUACCCCCAGAGGAUGCUGAGACCAGACAAGUGGUGGAAAAACUGGCUAGGUUCGUGGCUGAAGGGGGACCAGAGUUAGAGAAGGUGGCAAUGGAAGACUACAAGGAUAACCCAGCUUUUUCGUUUUUGCAUGAUAAGAACAGCAGAGAAUUCCUUUACUACAGAAAGAAAGUGGCAGAGAUAAGAAAGGAGAAUCAAAGUUCUCAGGCAUCCUCUUCUCAGAAAGUUUCACCCCCAGAGGAUGAAGAGACCAAGAACUCUGCUGAGAAACUGGCCAGGUUCAUAGCAGAAGGGGGUCCUGAGGUGGAAGCUAUUGCCUUGCAGAACAACAGAGAGAACCAUGCUUUCAGGUUUUUAUAUGAGCCAAACAGCAGAGGCUACAAGUACUACAGGCAGAAGCUGGAGGAGUUCCGGAAGGCCAAAUCCAGCCCUGCCCCUACUCCUUCCCCUCUAGAGCCCACUCUGAAAAGGAAGAACAGCCCUGAAGCAUCACCAUCACCUUUGCCCUUACCAGCUUUGCCCUUGCCCUCACCUUUACCUUUGCCUGUCCCCUCCCCUCUGCCCUUGCCCCUGCCUGUCCCCUCCCUGCUGCCCCUUCCCUCCCUCUUGCCUAUGCCCCUUCCCUCCCCACUCCCUUUGCCCCUUCCUGUGCCCUCCCCACUGCCUCUGCCCUCCCCUUCCCCAUCCUCCUCCACCACCCCCCCUGAGCAGGCAGCUCCAGCCCUUGCCACCACCACCACUGCAGCCCCAGGCACCACUAAAAAGAAGAGGAAGAGCAGAUGGGGGCCGGAGGAGGAGAAAGUUGAACUACCCCUCCCACAGCUCAUCCAGCACCUGGAUUCCCCCUCCCCUCUUUCAGUUCAGGACCUGAAAGGUCUUGGCUAUGAAAAAGGGAAGCCAGUUGGUUUGGUGGGUGUGACAGAGCUCUCAGAAGCCCAAAAGAAACAGCUGAAGGAGCAGCAGGAGAUGCAGCAGAUGUAUGACAUGAUCAUGAAGCACAAGAGAGCCAUGCAGGAGAUGCAGAUGAUGUGGGAAAAAGCAAUUCAGCAGCACCAGCAUGGCUAUGACAGUGAUGAGGAGGUGGACAGUGAGCUGGGGACGUGGGAGCAUCAACUGAGACGCAUGGAGAUGGACAAGACCCGAGAGUGGGCUGAGCAGCUGACCCAGAUGGGCAGAGGGAAACAUUUCAUUGGAGACUUUCUUCCACCUGAUGAGCUGGAGAAGUUCAUGGAGACAUUCAAGGCAUUGAAGGAAGGACGUGAGCCAGAUUAUUCUGAAUACAAAGAGUUCAAACUGACUGUGGAAAACAUAGGUUAUCAAAUGCUAAUGAAGAUGGGCUGGAAGGAAGGAGAGGGACUUGGCUCAGAUGGACAAGGGAUUAAAAACCCAGUCAGCAAAGGAACCACUGCUGUGGAUGGAGCUGGGUUUGGCAUUGAUCGUCCUGCUGAGCUGACCAAGGAGGAUGAUGAGUACGAGGCCUUCCGGAAGCGCAUGAUGCUGGCUUAUCGCUUCCGACCAAACCCUCUGAACAAUCCACGACGACCUUACUACUGAGAAGGCUCUGGGGACAAGGUCUUUCCAAACCAGUUGUGAUGUUUCCUGUGAGAUGUUAUGAAAACUGCAUUGCCAUUCUCUUCUUUCCUAACAUUGUGAAACCUCCUGAAGUCAUGAUACCAUCUCUCACCCAGAAGGAACCAGCCUGCCAGCCCACACUCUUGCACCAGUGUCACGACAGCCCCGUCGUGAGGAGGCUGGGGUGGUGGGUGCAGUGCAGGUGAAAUGGAGACCUUGACACCUGGAAGGGCACCAAAGAUACCAAUAGGAACAGUUCAGGGACUCCAUUCCUGCUUAGCUCAGUGCCAUGUGACAAGGAAUGAAUUUUUUUGCAGCUUGUGCUGCUCUGGGGUUGGUUGGUUUUUUGUUUGGUUUGGAUUUGGAACAUAGGGGAUUGUCUCCCACCCAGCUUGUUGUUCAGUCAGGCUGUUGUUCCCUAAAGAACUGACUUCUGAGGCUGUCUUGAAGCUGGAAGUACAGCCUGACCUUCAACUGUCAUUGCAAAACCAGUGCCUGGUUGGUUUCUCCCUGCCUUGUGGAAGGCAAGGAUGUGGCUGCAAGGGUUGAGGGGCUGAGGGGCAAGUUCAGAGGCAACAACUUCUUGAUUUCUUGAACACAAAGCUCAGCCAAGAGGAGAUUUGCUGACACUCUGGAUGGGGCUGGGAGGGUGAAGAUCCAAGCCCUUCAAACACAGUUUGUCAAAGCCUGUUUGGCUUUUGUGGUCAUAAGAAACCCCUCUGCAAGUAUGAAUUUUCUUCAUUUGUUCUGUAAAUAAAAUAAAACUCAUUUGUUCCUUAGUUUCAAGCACUGAA